AUGGAUCAAUCAAAGUUGGACAUAGAGGACCUUCCCGUGUCUUCUCACAUCAAAUUGCCCGCAUUCGGUAAUAACAACCCUCGGUUGUGGUUCGCCCAAGCCGAAGCCCAUUUCCAUGCCCACGGCAUCCGCUCCCAAACGAUUAUGCAUUCCCACAUAGUAAUUUCCCUGCCCACAUACAUUGCGGAACAGGCGAUUGAAUUUAUCAUUACUAUGCCCAAGAAUGACUCAUACAUUCAGUUGAAGGAAGCGGUAAUCACCCGCACAGCUGGGUCGGAUGAACUUCGAUUGGAUGAGUUGUGA